GCUCACAGAUUUUCUGGUCCAAGGCUCACAGCAUUGACGCGUAGGCCUAUGCCACAAACUCGAAAUAAUUAACACUGCUUUAGUUUAAUUGUUAAAUUAUAUUUGAAAGUAAAUUUAUUUAGCAGUUGUAAUACAAUAUCUAACUAAAGGAAAUCCAUAAGAUGGCCAGUGGAGACACGUGGAGGGAGGACUACUUGGCCCAUGAGGAUUAUUGGAUGGCCGUGGCAGCCCUGGCAGCUAAGAGAAGCAGGGACCCUAGAACUCAGGUUGGUGCCUGUAUAGUGAACCAGAAGAAUGACAUUGUUGCCAUCGGUUACAAUCGAAUGCCCAAAGGCUGUGACGAUGACCAUUUGCCAUGGAAUAGACAUGGCCAGGGCAAAUGGGACACUAAGUACGCUUAUGUGUGCAGUGCAGUGGCUGUAGCCAUAAUGAAUAAGAAGUGCGCUGAUCUGAAAGGCUGCAAGAUUUACGUGACACUUUUUCCAUGCAAUGAGUCUGCCAAGCUUAUCAUCGAAGCAGGUAUUAAGAAAGUGGUGUAUCUCUCUGACCAGUACCGCGACAUGGAAAUGAUUGCAGCCUCUAAGAAGUUUCUGCUGGCAGUGGCAGAAGUAGAGUGCAUACAGUUCCAGCCUAUAAAGCCAACCAUCACCAUUGAUUUGACGGUCAAUAACUAACCUGGAAAUCUGGACGGCCAGACAUGCAAAAGUUGGGGGGCUUGCUUUGUCUAAAGGAAAUACUUUCAGAUAUCUGCGCUUUGAAAUCUCUUUCCCUUCCUUUUGAUAAACCUCAUGAAUAUGAGGAACUUUAAAUUUAUACUAAGCCCUUACCGGCUCAAUGCAAUAGUGGGUUCAUAUUAAGCUUCAUUAGGCUUUAACAUUUAUUUGCACGCACGCUUUUUAUGAAACUUACUACAGCUGUAGAGGCUGACUCAAGAUUAACAGAGAGCAAAUAUUAGAUUGACGCCUAACUUAGGUUUUCAUGCAUCUUAAUGGUCUGACAGGGUUUUAUUGGUCGGAUUUAGGCUUGGCACCCGUAAAAGGCUGCUUGCAGCUUUCAUUGAUUUUGUUUUAAGGACUACAUAGAAUAUAGGCAAAUAUGAAAUUUGGCAGAUUCGCAUUAAAAGUCUAGACUAUUGUGCAAAUUGCAUUCUUUCUUUCUUUCAUGUGAUUUUGUUUAGCUUCAUAUGGGAUGCUCAAUGUGGUUUUGAGGAUACCAUGGUUUUAUGCUUGUUGUUUAGUUAUUGGCAUGCAUAUAGACAACAUAAUGGGUGAUAUGCUUUAAGAUUACACAAUAAAUGAAACAUAAAAAAUAA